AUGACGCAAUCUAUACAAGAGUUAAUAAAUUGCGUUUUCCCCAAUAUCGGACAAAAUUUUAAAAACAAGCAAUGGUUAUGUGAACGCGCGUUACUGGCAGCCGAAAAUAUAGACGUUAACUCCAUCAACAGCAACAUUCUGAAUACCAUCGAUGGUAAUCUAAAAAUUUAUAAAUCAAUCGACACUGUUACAAAUAUUGAGGAUGUCGUCAAUUAUCCAGUAGAAUUUUUAAAUUCGUUAGAUUUGCCGGGCUUUCCACCACAUGACUUGCAGUUGAAAAUUGGUGCUCCUAUUAUUUUACUAAGAAACAUUGAUCCACCACGACUUUGUAAUGUCACUCGACUUAUAGUAAAGAAAUUAAUGAACAAUCUAAUCGAGGCGACCAUUAUAACUGGAAAGUACAAUGGAUCAGAUGUAUUGCUGCCACGUAUUCCGAUGAUAACUUCGGAAAUGCCAUUUGAUUUUAAGCGAUUGCAGUUUCCUAUUCGCCUAGCAUUUGCAAUGACAAUUAAUAAAGCUCAAGGUCAGUCUUUGCAAGUUUGUGGACUAAAUCUAGAAAAUCCAUGUUUUUCACAUGGACAGCUUUAUGUUGCAUGUUCGCGAGUGGGAAAACCCACAGACUUAUAUGUAUAUGCACCAGAAGGAAAAACCAAAAAUAUUGUAUAUCCUAAGGCAUUAGAAUAA